UGGAGUGUAUGCAAUAACUUUAAAUUUGAGGUUUUUCGGAGAAAACACCUUUUUCUUUUUCUGCGUAAGGAAUGAUCAAUCGAAAAACUACACAUAAAUAUGCUUUAUUCCUUUGAAAGCUUUUGGGAAAGUUGCAUGACGGAUUUCAUACUGGUAUAAGUUGGCUGGGGAGCUGGAGAAAGAAUUGCAUCAAUUUCGUAAGCAUUCUGCUUUUCUCCCGAAUGUUUAUUUUUUUCAUCAUUUUUCACUUCCAUUUACUGGAACUUUAUCAACAUUUGACGACUGUGGAUUCGUUUCUUUGAUUUUUAGCGAAGAGUAAGAGAUGAUACCGCUGGGAUGUAAAAUACGGAAUCUUUUUUGUGUUGAGCAGCGCACUUCAGCAAAAGGAAAGUGAUCUGUUUUAAUUAAAGGGAACGAAACGGGGUUUGCUUUUGGACCCGGAACCCUGUACUUUUUAUUUUCCGUCAGCUGAGAGAAAUGCUUCUUGGAGUAUAACGUUAGAUACUUGUUUGCUUUUCAAACGCGUAAACGGCAUUGGUCUCCAACCAUAUUUUUAAACUGGCGAGUGAUACGGCGACAUCCGACCCCCGAUCCCCCCAAAAAUAUUAAACAAACAAGUAUUGCGUUUCUCAUAUGACAUAAAGGUCAUGAAGGCAAUAAUUCCAAACUUCUAGGGUUUAAAAGAAUGUCAUCAGAGGACAAGAGUCUGGAGCCCUCUGACCAAGGACCAUCACCGCCCCCAGGCAGCGGCGGGACCACGCCCGCCGGCAGCCCGGCCCCCACCGACAGGCGCCCGCGGGGACGGCCGCGCAAGGAUGCAGGCGCUCCCACGCCCACGCCCAAACCCAAGAAAAAGCCUCGCAGCAGGGGGCGGGCGGCGGCCGACGAUGACGACAGCAUGGAUGGGAUUGAAAUGGCAGAGUCCGAGAGUGCUCUGGAGUCAGCAGAAUGGAAGGACCGGCACGCCGAGGGAGAGGGUGAGGGUGAGGUCGAGGGCGAGAGUGAGGUCUCCGUGGCGACCGACGGCCCGGGCCUGGACCGGCCCCUCUCCCCACUCUUCCAGCGCUCUGUGUCGGAGGACUCGGCCGGAUCCUCCACGCUGACCGCCGAAGAGGCCAAAGUCAGCGAACAGCUCUGUGCCUUCUGCUACUGCGGGGAGAGGAGCCUACUGGGACAGGGCGAGCUCAAGCUCUUCGGCCCCACCCCCGGCUACGUCCCGCUCCACAUCCGCAACCGGAGGGCGAGCUCCGAAAACGACGGUGACGUGGACAGGAGUCCCGAGCCGGACACGCCCGGACCUGAGCCCGACCGGGGGACCCCGACAAACGUACACAGGGCUGGUUCUCCCGACAGCGGCCCGCUCUCCUCACCUGCUGGGAUCACAGACGCCUUCGGGGAGGAGCCGGUCCGGAAGUUCUGGGACGAGCUGGGUCAGAUCGGGCUGCCGCACGGCAUAAACGUCCAGUCCCUCUUCGAUCCCACAGGGCAGUGCUGUGCGCAUCUGCGCUGUGCGGCGUGGUCGGCGGGCGUGUGCCGGGGGGAGGGGCAGUCGCUGCUGUACGUGGACAAAGCCAUCGACUCAGGGAGCACAGAGCACUGUGUAUACUGCAAGCGCCUUGGUGCGUCCAUCAAGUGCUGCGCGGAGACGUGCGGUCGCGCCUACCACUACCCGUGCGCCGCCGCCGCCGGGACCUUUCAGGACAUCAAGAGCCGCACCCUCCUCUGCCCCGCCCACAUCCAGCUGGCCGUCCAGCGAUAUGACGAGGUGAACUGCGCACUGUGUGACAGCCCGGGGGACCUGCUGGACCAGCUGUUCUGCACCAGCUGCGGCCAGCACUACCACGGGCUCUGCCUGGACAUCAGCGCCAGCCCCCUGAAGAGGGCGGGCUGGCAGUGUCCCGAGUGUAAGGUCUGCCAGACAUGCAAAAAUCCCGGAGAGGACAGCAAGAUGCUGGUGUGUGACACGUGCGAUAAGGGGUAUCACACGUUCUGUCUGCAGCCAGUGAUGGAGACCAUCCCCACCAAUGGCUGGAGGUGUAAGAACUGCAGGGUGUGCGUCCAGUGCGGCGUGAGGACCAGCAGCCAGUGGCACCACAACUGUCUGCUGUGUGACGGCUGCUACCAGCAGGAUGCAGCCCCGCCCUGUCCCCUGUGCGGGAAGGCCCUGAACCCCGAGCUCCACAAGGACCUGCUGUCCUGCCACACCUGCAAAAGGUGCCUCCACCUGGAGUGCGAGAGACAGGUGGGCGGAGCCGCCGAGCCGGGACCCAGGGAUGACUACGUCUGCGCCGCAUGCAAGGAGGCGGAGCGGGAGGCGGGCCAAUCCCAGAGCAGCCCCGCCCACGAGGUCACCGAGCCCGCUCUGGAGCCAGAGACGGAUGGGUCGGAGGGCAAGGAGGUCGGAGAGGCGGGACCACCAGAGGGAGGACCCAGCGAGACCCCGUCCAAUGAGGAGCAGAAAGAGGCUCCGACAGUCUUGGAACCGGCCCAGGAGAUUCAGGUGACGGUCACGGUGACGGCGGGCCCCACGUCGCCCCAGCUGGCGACGGAGGAGGCGGAGGGGGGCGAGGCACCCCUACAGGGCGCUCCGGAGGGCGGGUCUGGCGAGGGGCCGGGGGUCACAGAGGUCACGCACACCGUCAGGGUGGAGAAGGAGGCAGAGGCAGUCCCCGCUGAGGAGGAGGAGGAGGAGGAGGAGGAGGGGUGCAGGCCCGGAGACCCGAAAGAUGCGCCCUCCUCGCCCGCCAAAGAAACGAACGCCAAGCCGACGGUGGCCACGGAGGAGGAGGCCAUGGAGGUUUCUCCCUCCACACCUCCUCCCAUGGAGGAGGCAGGGGUGGAAGUGAGCGCUCCCAGCACCAAGCCGGAGGGGGAGGCUUUGGGGGUGGGCUUGGAAGAAGAGGAGGAUGAGAAAGAGGGGGAAGAGCAGCUGGGAGCUGUGUCUGAGUCUGUGGCAGCCCCUCCUGUGCAGAUGGACACCACCCCGCCGAGUGAGCACAGCCUCUCCGACCGCUGCUCCCCGCCGCAGGAAGACGCCCCGCCCGAACGCACCCCCGAAAUGUCAGACCUGGCCCGGUUGCCCCCCUCCCCAGAGGCCCCGCCAAAAGAGGUGGCUCUGCCCCUGUCCCAGCCUGCCCUGGCUGCCAGCGCGCCCCCGUCCACCUUCAUCCCCUUGACCCCCAAAAUCGGCAUGGGCAAGCCGGCGAUCUCCAAGAGGAAGUUCUCCCCAGGAAGGCCCAGAGUGAAGCAGGGGGCGUGGAGCGACCGUAGCGCCAUGAGCUCACCCUCUUGGUCGCCUGAGCGCCUGGAUGGGUGGGAUUCGGCAAAGACCCGGCAGACGCCCGGAAUGCACCUCUGGAGCGUCAAAGUGGGUCGAGGGUCAGGCUUCCCAGGAAGGAGGCGGCCCAGGGGAGCCAACCUCUCGGGGAGAGGGGGCAGGGGACGCUCCAAGCUGAAGGGUGAAAUCGGCCCCGCCGCCACCCCGGGGGUCAGCGUGGUGGAGACAUUUGCCGUGAAGGAGGAGGAGGAGAACGCCAUGCACAACACUGUGGUCAUGUUCUCCAGCACCGACAGCUUCACGCUCAAACAGGACAUGUGUGUGGUCUGUGGGAGUUUCGGCCAGGGCGCGGAGGGCAGGCUCCUGGCCUGUUCCCAGUGCGGCCAGUGCUACCACCCCUACUGCGUCAGCAUCAAGAUCACGAAGGUGGUGCUGAGCAAAGGCUGGCGCUGUCUGGAGUGCACUGUGUGCGAGGCGUGCGGGAAGGUGACCGACCCCGGGCGCCUGUUGCUGUGCGACGAUUGUGACAUCAGCUACCACACCUACUGCCUGGACCCGCCCCUGCAGACCGUGCCCAAGGGUGGCUGGAAAUGCAAGUGGUGCGUCUCCUGCACGCACUGUGGUGCCACGUCGCCGGGCGUGCGGUGCGAGUGGCAGAAUAACUACACGCAGUGCGCCCCCUGUGCCAGCCUGGCGGUGUGUCCGCUCUGCCUGCGCGGCUACCGGGAGGAGGAGCUCGUUCUGCAGUGCCAGCAGUGUGACAGGUGGGUCCACGCCUCCUGCCAGAACCUGAACACGGACGAGGAGGUGGAGACCGCAGCGGACAGCGGCUUCGACUGCAGCAUGUGCCGCGCCCACAUGGCCCCAUCACAGGCAGCAGCAGCAGCAGCAGCAACAGCACCAGCAACAGCGACGGUAACCGAGAGCAAUGACUCACCAGUCACGUCCCAGAUUGUGACAAAAAAAGAACAAGACCAACAGAAGACGUACACGCAGGACGGGGUGUGUCUGACGGAGUCGGGCCUGUCUCAGCUGCAGAGCUUGGCGGCGGCCGCCUCCCGCCGGAAGCGGCCCAAGCCCAAACUCAAGCUGAAGAUCAUCAACCAGAACAGCGUGGCGGUGCUGCAGACACCCCCCGACGCCCGGCCCGAGCUCUGCCGCGACGAGGACCCCGAGGACUGCCGAGAGGGGGAUCUUCUGGACUGCGAGGGGAAGUCGGACUCUAGCCCUGAGAGGGAGGCGGUGGACGAGGACGCCAAGGGGGCGGAGGGAGCGGACGGGGCCAAGAAGAGGAAGAGGAAGCCCUACCGCCCGGGCAUCGGCGGCUUCAUGGUGCGUCAGAGGAGCCGGGCAGGCCAAGGCAAGGCCAAGCGGUCACUCUUGCGGAAGGACUCCACUGGCUCCGUGUCCGAGAACCAGCCAGGAAAGGAGGAAGGCUGGAGCGAGCUGAUGCCCGACACCCCAGUGGAGGAGAACGCUCCGGGGCUGGAGUCCCUGGAGAAGGUGAAGAAGAGAUACAGGAAGAAGAAGACUAAGCUGGAGGAGGCCUUCCCAUCGUACCUGCAGGAGGCCUUCUUCGGAAAAGACCUGCUAGACAAGAGCAAGCAGGUGCGGCAGACCCUGGAGACGGGGCUCUCGGACGAUGACCGCAGCCAGGCGGACAGCAAGCCCCCCAGCGCCGCCACCAGCUUCCUGGACCCCUCUUCAGACCCCCUGCUCAGCGCCGCCACCACGCCCAUCUCCGGCAAAGCAGGGCCGCUGGCCCACUCUGAGGACCCGUUAGUCGACCUGUCGGAGGUGCUGAACGCAGGCGAAGACAUCCUGGGAAUGCUGUCGGAUGACCUGGGCAAGCCAGGGGACGGCUCAGGUCUUGGUUUGUGCCCCUUUCAGGUGGAGAACUCCCCCUCGCCCUUUGCUGGUCUGGAUAUCGGACCCAUCUCGGACGAUCAUGUGAACGCGCCCCAGACCCACCCAGGCCGCGCCCAGAGGACACUCCCAGUGGAGCCGCUGGACGGGAUCCUCAGCCCCGAACUGGACAAGAUGGUCACAGACGGUGCAAUUCUCAGCAAGCUCUACAAAAUACCAGAGCUGGAGGGGAAGGACGUGGAGGAUCUGUUCACGGCGGUCCUGAGCCCCAGUACAAGCCAGCCCCCACCCCCCACCGCCACGCCUGCCACACAAGGCCCCCCCAUGCCUCUGCCAAACCCGGGAGACGGCAUGUUCCCGCGAAUGCCCAUGAUGAAUGGGAUGAUGGGGCCGAACCCCCACUUCCCCCCGAAUCAGAUGGUACCGGGACCAGGACCCUGCGGCCCCGGAACCUUCCCUCCCAUGCAACGCAUGCCAUUCCCCGACAAUAUGAGGGAAAAGAAGUUUAACCCAAUGAGGAGCGAGGUGGGGUGCCCCUGGACUGGCCCUGCCCCCAUCCCCGCCCCUGUCCCCGCCCCCCUGCCCGAGGGUGAGACGGACACCAUGUCGAACGCUCAGAGGAGCACGCUCAAGUGGGAGAAGGAGGAGACCCUGGGGGAGAUGGCCACGGUGGCCCCCGUCCUCUACACCAAUGUUAACUUCCCCAACCUCAAAGAGGAGUUCCCUGAUUGGACUACAAGGGUUAAACAAAUUGCGAAGCUGUGGAGGAAAGCCAGCUCCCAGGAGAGAGCGCCCUACGUGCAAAAGGCCAGAGAUAACAGGGCCGCCUUGCGCAUAAACAAAGUCCAAAUGUCUAACGAGUCCAUGAAGCGGCAGCAGCAGCAGGCCCAGGCAGACCUGUUCGACCCCAGCCUCCCGCUGGACUCGGAGCUGCUCUUCAAAGACCCGCUCAAGCACAAGGAGUCCGAGCACGAGCAGGAGUGGAAGUUCAGGCAGCAAAUGAGACAGAAAAGCAAACAGCAGGCCAAGAUUGAAGCCACUCAAAAGCUGGAGCAGGUUAAAAACGAGCAGCAGCUGCAGCAGCAGCAGCAGCAGCUACUUCAACAGCAGCAGCAGCAGUUUAGCGGCCAGUCUGGGGGUGAUGCCAGCACCGGGGGCAGCCGAAGCCCCAUGACCCCUCAGCCCAGCAACGGAAACGGGUCCCCGCUGCAGCCGGCGCCCCCCAAAGACGGCUUUGCCAGGCCGCAGGUCCCCGGGACGCCCGCCUCCGCCCCCUCGGACGACGUGUUCGUGCGGCCCCAGCCCCCGCCCCCCGCUGCCACCCGGACCCCCGAGGCCUCCUUCGCCGGGCAGCCCGCCCAGGUUCCACCCACGCAGCUGUUCUCCCCCGGCUCCUCCUCUUCAUCCUCCUCCUCCUCACGGCCGUCCUCUCCUUGGGACCCCUACGCCAAAAUGGUGGGCACCCCCCGGCCGCCCCCCGCCGGGUCUAGCGCGCCCCGGAGGAGCUCCGCAGGGGCAGCAGUGGAGCAGCCAUCGCCCGCUCACGAGCCCUUCGGCUCGCCCACGUCCACGGGCAGCGACCCCUAUGCCAAGCCACCGGACACGCCCAGGCCCACAGCCACCGCUGACCCCUUCCUGAAGCCCACGGGGCUGCCGAGGGUGAGCUCCACCCCCGAGCAGCAGGGGAGGCGUGGCGGCGGGGACCCGUUCGCCAGGCCGGCACUCCGAGCCGAGGCCUACCAGCGCAUGCCCCAAAACCGGAUGAUCCUCUCUGACCCGUAUUCCAGGCCCCUGUUGACGCCCAUACCCGGCAGUAACGAGUCCGGCUCCCUGCCCCUUUUCAAGGCCCCCAUGCCCCCGCCGCAGUCUCAGGACCCCUACGGAGCUGCCCCCUCAGCAAUGCGGCGUGGGCCCAGUGACCCGUAUGAGAAGCAGGGGCUUUCUCAGAAUGAUCAGAGUGGCCCCUACGCCCACCCUCCCCUCACUCCCCGCCCAUCCAUGAAUGACGGCUUCCCCAACCCUCCCAGGAUGGCUCGGCACCCCCAGGGAAAGCCCUUUUCUCAGCCCAUGCCCAUGGCACGACAUCCAUCCAGAGACUCAUUCGCUCAAGCCCCCAGGCCAGAUUACUCCCAGCAGUCGCCUGACCCCUAUGCGCAACCUCCCGGUACCCCCCGACCAUCGGCUGACCCCUAUGCCCAGCCCCCUGGUACCCCCCGCCCAUCAUCUGAUCCCUACGCCCAACCUCCUGGUACCCCACGACCCUCUGACCCCUACUCCCAACCCCCUGGUACCCCUCGACCUUCAUCUGACCCCUACGCCAAACCCCCAGGUACCCCCCGACCAUCUUCUGACCCCUAUGCCCAGCCACCCUGCACGCCCCGCCCAGUGAGCUUGGAGCAGUAUCCCCAGCAGCAGCAGCAGCAGGGCCCGGCCACUUGCAGGCCCUCGCCCUCACACCCUGCAGACCCUUAUGCUCAUCCUCCGGGCACACCAAGACCUGCAAAGAGUGAUUCAUACGCUCAGCCAUCUGGUCCCCCGAGACCAGUGCUGAACGAUCCUUACGCCCAGCCUCCCAGGACGCCUCGGCCCGGGGCAGGCCCUGAGGUGUUCAUCCGACCAGCAGCCAGGCCUGGACCCGCGUCACACCAGGACCCCUUCUCGCCACCUCAGAACAGAAUGCAGGAGACCUUCGUCCGCCCGGCGGCACCCGGCUCUCAGACACCGAAGCACUCCGGCAUGUCUGAUGAUGGCUUCGCCCAGCCUCAGCCAAAUCCAAACCAGACCCCUCUUCAUGACCCCUUUGAGCAGGCACCGGUGCCCCUGCAGCCACAGUCCAGCGAGAGGCUCCCUCACGAGGUCAAAGACCAGCAAGGGAUGGUGCACGAGGGCAACGCCCAGUUCCCACAACCCACUGGGAAUGCCCCGGAAGCUCAGAGCAGCAUGCAACCACCUCUGGCGGACACUGAGGAGAAGCUCAGACAGCGACAGCGUCUGCGGGAGUUGAUCCUCUGGCAGCAGCAGCAGAAGAGCGCCAUUCGGCAGGAGAAGGGCCUUCAGGAUCCCCCCAUGUCCCAGGCCCCGGCGGCGCCCGGGACUCCCCGACACUGGUCUCAGGAGGACUCUGGAUCCCAGAACGAGCUCUUCAGCAGGCCUCCUCCCCCUUACCCGGGUACGGUCCGUGGUCCUCUGAUGGGCCCCGGAGGUCAGAGGUUCCCAGGGCCGUUCCCCGGCGACCAGCGGGGGCCCUUUCCCCACGACGGCCAGUUUGCCAGACCCCAGUUCACCGGAGACAUGGCCAACAUGGGCAUGAGGCCACACGCUGCAAGGUUUGGAUUCCCUCCUGGUGGUCAGGGGGCAGUCGGGGGUCAGGAGCACUUCGUCCGCCCUCCCCAUCCCAUGCAGGGCCCAAUGAUGGACGUCCCUCAGCAGAUGAGGAGGUCGCUGUCGGUGGACCUGGCACGGUCCCUGGGGGGCAACGCGGCAGGACUCCCGCAGCACUUCCCCCCGCGAGGCCUGCCUGUGCAGCAGCACAACAUCAUGGGCCAGCCCUUCAUUGAGCUCCGCCACAGGGCCCCUGAGAACAGGCUGCGGCUUCCCUUCGGGGCCCCGGCCACGGAUGGCCCCUGCCAGCCCCAGAGACCCCAGGGGUUCCUGGACGGACAGGAGGUGGGGUUCCCUGGGAACAGGGGUCCCAGGAUGGCGGACCCGAUGAUGGGCCAGCCCCCCGGUGCAGCAGGCCACCUUCAGCUGUCAUCUAGCAUGGAGAACCUCCACCAGCAGCCGGUGCCAGUGAAUGCUGGGACAGAACACCCGCCCCUCAUGAGGUCCCUGAGCCACCCGGUGACGAGCGAAACCUUCAGCGUCGCUCCACCCACUCUUCUCCCUGGUGUGGCCUCAGAGCAGGUGGACGAGAUCCCAAUACCGGCGGCCGAGGGGAUGGAGGAGAAGCUGGACGCCGAUGAUGCGGCGGUGAAGGACCUCGAAGACGUGGAGGUCAAAGAUCUGGAUGAUGAAGACCUGGAAAACCUCAACCUGGACCCGGACGACGGGAAUGACCUGCACCUUGAUGACCUGCUGCAGUCCGGCAAGUUCGACAUCCUCGCCUACACCGACCCCGAGCUCGACCUGGGAGACAAGAAGGACAUGUUCAAUGAGGAGCUGGACCUCAGCGAUCCCAUCGACGACCACGGCGAGGCCUCCGACCUGCAGAAAGCGCUGUCAGAGAAAAGGAACAACAGCGCUGGCAGCGCUGCCUCCACAGCCUGCCCUUCGGCACCAGCACCUCUGGCGGGAAAAUCCGUUAACCCACUGGAGCAGGGGCACGUCAAGCGGGAAAGUCCCAGUGGGACCUCUAAUCCGAUGUGUGCGGUGCCGACCAUCAAAACCGAGGUCAAAGAAGGAUUGAGCCAAGCUGGUGAAAGGCCCGCAAGUAGCCAUGAAGGCCUCCCAGAAGCGUCCAUUCAGCAGGCUGGCGUGCCCUGUACUGCUGUCAUCCCUGGCUCUGCCCCGGUGCUCUCCAGUUUACUCAUCAAGGAUAAAAUGGAGGAUUCUGGGAUGGCGCCGAUGGGCUCCGGCGGUCCCCUUGACCCGGCGGCUCCGAUGAACCAAGUCACGAGCCUGCAGCAGAACCCUGUCAUGAUGAUGCCAUCAGGUGGACCAAUCCCAGACCACUCGAUGAACCCGAACCUGACCGCGGGUCACGCCCACAGAAUGGAUCCUUCUUUCCCUCAGGGACCGGGGCUGGUAAACCCAAAUUUCUCACAUGGGCAGCCUCCCUGCCAGAACUUCGGGCCUGCCGUCCCGCAGGUGGAUCAGAGCCUCCCGAUGGGGGGUCAGCAACUGCCCCACAGCCUGGGCCCGCCUGCGUCCCCGGCCCAGGCCUCGGCCCAGCAGGGCAUGUUCCCCCAGCCCAUGGGCCAGCAGAACCAGCCCAACAGGCCCCUACUGCUGGAUGAGCAGCCCCUCCUGCUGCAGGACCUGCUGGACCAGGAGAGGCAGGAGCAGCAGCAGCAGAGGCAGAUGCAGGCCAUGAUCCGCCAGCGCUCCACUGACACCUUCUUCCCCAACGUCGAUUUCGAUGCCAUCACUGACCCGAUUAUGAAAGCAAAGAUGGUCGCCCUGAAAGGGAUCAACAAAGUAAUGGUGCAAAGCACAAUGGGAAUGUCCCCCAUGGUCAUGAACAGGAUUCAGCAGAUGCCUGGUGCUCAGCAUCCUGAAGGAGGCGCUGUUCCAGUUCCUGUUGGGCUGGAUAGCAAGUUGGAGCCACAGGUGGCGAGACCGACCCCUCCAAACUUUGGUCCUGGAUUUGUCAACGAAGCUCAGAGGAAACAAUACGAGGAGUGGCUGCAGGAGACCCAGCAGCUGCUGCAGAUGCAGCAGAAGUUUCUGGAAGACCAGAUCGGGGCCCACAGGAAGUCUAAGAAGGCCCUCUCGGCCAAGCAGCGCACGGCCAAGAAGGCGGGACGCGAGUUCCCCGAGGAGGACCUGGAGCAGCUGAAGCAUGUGACGGAGCAGCAGAGCAUGGUGCAGAAGCAGCUGGAGCAGAUUCGUAAGCAGCAGAAGGAGCACGCUGAGCUGAUCGAGGAAUACCGGGUGAAACAGCAGCAGCAGUGCGCUCUCCAGCCUCCCAUGAUGCCCGGCAUGCAGCCCCAGGCGGCCAUGAUGCCGGGGGCCCCGCCCAUGAUGGCUCACAUGAUGCCGAUGCAGCACCACAUGGGCCAGCCCAACCCCGUCCGCAUGCCGGGCACGGCAGGCUGGCAGCCGGGAGGCCCCGCCCCCAUGAGCGGGCCGAGGAUGCCCGGGCACCUGCCCCCGCAGAUGCCCCUACAGCACCCGAUGGCGGGCGCCAAACCCCCGGCGGGCAGCGGUGGUGGCAGCAGCGUUGGCGGUAACAGUAACAGCAACGGCAACGGUGGCGCCCCGCACGUGAAGUUCGACGACAACAACCCUUUCAGCGAGGGCUUCCAGGAGCGGGAGAGGAAGGAGCGCCUCCGGGAGCAGCAGGAGCGGCAGCGGGUGCAGCUGAUGCAGGAGGUGGAGCGGCAGCGUGCCCUGCAGCAGCGGCUGGAGAUGGAGCAGCACAGCAUGCUGGGAGCCGACGCCAACCGGGAGCCGCUCUCCCAGAUGGCCUUCUACAACUCGGACCUGCCCCACGACUUCAUGCAGCCGCAGAGGCCCCAGAACCAGCAGCAGCAGGGGCAGAUGUUCCCCCAGCAGCAGCAGCAGAGCAUGCAGCCGGGUUUCUCUGGCGCCCCCUACAUGCAGGGAGGGGAACGCAGGCCCAUGCAGGGAAACGGACCGUUCGGUCCUGAGAUGGGACCCAGUUUCCGGGCAAAAAACCCCAUGAUGGCGGGGGCCGGGUUCGCCCCAGGUCAGCCCAGACCCGCGGGGGGGUUCGGGGGGCCCGGCGCGAUACCCCAGGGCGGGGCUGGGGAGGGGCCGCCCUUCGGGGCUGAGCCGUCCAUGCCCCUUCCCCCAAGCUACCCGGGGUCAGGCCAGUCGCUGAUCCAGCUGUACUCCAACAUCAUCCCCGAGGAGAAGGGCAAGAAGAAGAGGAACCGCAAGAAGAAGAAGGACGAGGAUGCGGAGUCGGUGAAGACGCCCUCCACGCCGCACUCGGACCUGACCGCCCCACUCACCCCCUGCGUGUCCGACACGUCCUCCACCCCAACGAGGACCGCCCCACACCCCGGGGAGCAGGACCCGUCUGAGGACCCCUCCCGGGAGCUCGCGGGGGGCAGUGGCGUGGGCGGGGCCUUGGGCCCUCAGCCCGCCGGCGGCCCCAGGGCUGAGGAACCCCUCUGCGACAUCAAGCUGGAGAGGACGGAGGCCAGCGACUGCCGCGGACCCGUGGACCCGAAAACAGAGGAGGGGAUGGGAACAGGGGUGGUCAAGAUUGAGGAGGGGAAGGAGGGAGUCUCGCCCCGCCUGGCGGGCCAGAGCCCCGCCCACUGCGCCAAGGGGGCAGAGUCCAGCAACGAGCUGCUCAAGCACCUGCUGAAGAACAAGGGUGCCGCGCCCGCGGCGGGGCUACCCCGCCAGAGAUCGGACGAAGGCCUUCGCUCGGAGGACGAGGGUUCGACGGACGGCAGGGCCCUGCAAAAGCGGCACACGCCCACGGAGCCCGCUGGGGCGGCUGCCGACGCCCAGCCGGCGGGAAGCCCGAGGCAGGUGGGCGGGGCCAUGUCCGAGCAGGGCAAGAAGAAGCAGCGCACCAAGAGGGCGCCCAAGAGCAGCGAGAAGCCCGCCUCCCGCUACAAGAAGAGGAAGAAGGAGGAGGAGGAGCGGCAGGUGGUCUUCUCCAGCACCGACACGCUGAUGACUCAGCUCAAACAGCAGCUGUCCCUCCUCCCACUGAUGGAGCCCAUGAUCGGGGUCAACUUUGCCCACUUCCCCCCCUAUGGCAGCGGCCAGUUGAAUGGAGAGAGCCGGCUGUCCGGCGCCUUCGGCAGCGCAUCGCUGGACGGCGUGUCCGACUACUACUCCCAGCUCAUCUACAAGCAGAACAACCUGAGCAACCCCCCCACCCCGCCGGCCUCCCUGCCUCCCACCCCACCCCCCGUGGCUCGGCAGAAGAUGGUGAACGGGUUCGCCACCACGGAGGAGCUGGCCAGGAAGGCGGCGGUCAUGGGCGGCCAUGAUGUGACCAAAAGCCUUGUGCCCAAGCAGCUCCAGACGCCGUUUAGACCAGAAGACCUUCUGGCGCGAGCGAUCGCUCAGGGGCCCAAGAGCGUGGACGUGCCCGCCUCUCUCCCUACGCCUCCCCACAACAACCAGGAGGAACUCAGGGGACAUGAACACUGUGAAGACCGGGACACCCCUGACAGCUUCGUCCCCUCCUCGUCCCCUGAGAGUGUGGUCGGCAUGGAGAUCAGCCGUUACCCGGACCUGUCUCUGGUGAAGGAGGAGCCCCCCUCCCCCGCACCCUCCCCAGUCAUCCCCAUGCUGCCCAGCUCCAGCGGGAAAGGAUCCGAGGCCCGGCAGAGGGAAGUGAAGAUGGAGCCACAGAGCGUGUUCUUCGGGUCGCAGUUUGGGCAUCCUCCGAAUUGCUCCAGAACCGGACUGGUUUCCAUAGCGAUCACCCUGAACCCAGCUGCAGCAGAGAACAUCCCGGGCGUGGUGGCAGCCGUGGCGGACCUUCUGUGUGUGAAGAUCCCCAGCAGCUACGAAGUCAGCAGCUCCCCGGACCGAGGCCCCUCGCACCCGGGCUCAGACCCCCGGCACCCGGGCAUGACCAUCCUCAGGGCCCCCGGCCCCCCCGGCAUGAUGCAGUCCCAGCUCCUCUUCCCCUCCACAGGUGCAGCUGGGGUCAGAGGUGACUACCCACUGGGGAAGGCCAACCCUGAGCUCAGGCCGCAGUGGUGCUGCCACUGCAAAGUGGUGGUUCUGGGAAACGGAGUCCGAAAGUCCACCAAGGACCUGCCCGGAGCUGCACAGGACUCUGCGGAGGGGCGGGGCCGAGCGGAGGGGAGCCUCGUCUUCUGCAGCCACAACUGCUUCCUGCUGCACGCCACCGCCAAGCAGCCCAAAGCCGCGGACACCAAGCACGGUCUGUGUGCCCCCUCCGAUUCCGCCACCAAGGAGAGCCCCUCUAAGAUCCAGCAUCAGUACAGCAACAACAUGUCCGCCCUGGAUGUGCACUGCCUGGCCCAGCUCCAGCCCAAGGAGUCCCCGCCCUCCACCCCGCCCAUCUCCUUCCCCUCCGCCGCGUCCGAGGCCAAGGGAGAGCCCAAGCCCGACCCACUCAAGGUGACGGUCAAGCUGAAGCCCCGCCCCCGGGCGGUGGCCAACGGCUCGGACGAGGGGCCCCGCCCACAGGGAAAACGCUGGAAGGGCUCUCGCUGGAGGAAGUGGAGCAUUCAGGUGCUCGUCCCGAAGGGCGCCCCCCGGCUGCCGGCCGAGGACGAGGUGGACGAGCUCCUGCAGAAGCUGGGGGCGUCACUCCGGCCCGACCCGCUCCCCCGGGACCUCCGGCGGUGCUGCUUCUGUCACGAGGAGGGCGACGGGGUGACCGACGGGCCCGCCCGCCUGCUCAACCUGGACGUGGACCUGUGGGUGCACCUCAACUGCGCGCUGUGGUCCACCGAGGUGUACGAGACGCAGGCGGGCGCCCUCAUCAACGUGGAGCUGGCGCUGCGGCGGGGCCUGUCGGUGCGCUGCGCCUACUGCCAGCGCACCGGCGCCACCAGCGGCUGCCACCGGCUGCGCUGCGCCAACGUCUACCACUUCACCUGCGCCCUCAAGGCCCAGUGCACCUUCUUCAAGGACAAGACCAUGCUGUGCCACCAGCACCGGCCACGCGGGUGCGCCCAGGAGCAGGAGCUGCGCUACUUCGCCGUGUUCCGCCGCGUCUACGUGCAGCGGGACGAGGUGCGGCAGCUGGCGGGGGUGGUGCGGCGCGGCGAGCGGGAGCACACCCUGCGGGUGGGCAGCCUCAUCUUCCACGCCGUCGGCCAGCUGCUGCCGCAGCAGAUGCGGGCCUUCCACGCCCCCGCCGCCAUCUUCCCCGUGGGCUACGAGGCCACGCGCAUCUACUGGAGCAUGCGCCACGGCGGCCGGCGCUGCCGCUACCUCUGCGGCAUCGACGAGAAGGACGGCCGGCCCGAGUUCAGCAUCCGCGUGCUGGAGCAGGGCCACGAGGAGCUGGUGCUCACCGACACCACCCCGAAAGGGGUCUGGGACAAGGUGCUGCAGCCAGUAGCCGAGCGGAGGGCGGAGUGCGGCACGCUCAAGCUCUUCCCGGCGUACCUGAAGGGGGAGGACCUGUUCGGCCUCACCGUCUCCGCCGUCACCAGAAUCGUGGAGUCGCUCCCGGGGGUGGAGGCGUGCGACAGGUACACCUUCCGCUACGGCCGCAACCCCCUGAUGGAGCUGCCGCUGGCCGUCAACCCCACCGGCUGCGCCCGCUCCGAGCCCAAGGCCAGCUCCCAUGUCAAGAGGUUUGUGUUAAGGCCACACACCCUGACCAGCACCAGCUCCUCAAAGUCCUUCCAGAGCACCGUGACGGGGGAGAUCAGCGCCCCCUACAGCAAGCAGUUUGUCCACUCCAAGUCCUCCCAGUACCGCAAGAUGAAGACCGAGUGGAAGAGCAACGUGUACCUGGCGCGCUCGCGCAUCCAGGGUCUGGGGCUGUACGCUGCCAAGGACAUUGAGAAGUACACCAUGGUGAUCGAGUACAUCGGGACCAUCAUCCGCAACGAGGUGGCAAACAGGAAGGAGAAGAUGUACGAGUCGCAGAACCGCGGGGUGUACAUGUUCCGGAUCGACAGCGAACACGUCAUCGACGCCACCAUCACAGGAGGCCCGGCGAGAUAUAUCAACCAUUCCUGUGCGCCUAACUGCACUGCCGAGGCGGUGACAUUUGAAAAAGGCCACAAAAUCAUCAUCAGCUCCAACCGUCGGAUUCAGAGAGGAGAAGAGCUGUGCUAUGACUACAAGUUCGACCUCGAGGACGACCAGCAUAAGAUUCCGUGUCACUGUGGAGCAGUCAACUGCCGAAAGUGGAUGAACUAAGGAGAGGGAAAGAGAUGCAGAGGGGGCAAAAACCCUACCUGCGUUCCUUUUUUGAAAAGGCACAGUGAUGGAGCUUUUUUUUCUGGGGGAGGGCUGGGAUGGGAUAGAGGCGCAAAUUGGUGAAUCAAUGGCACUUUAGUGCAGGAGGAAAGUGGUAUUAGGGAUUUAUUCUUCUUUUCUGAAGCCAGAUAGCAGGAAGGUCAAAUGGCUUAAGUGUGCAGAGUGAGGGGGGGGGGAGUUUGGGGACAGCAGGGAGGAGGGGAGGGGGAUUACAGAAUUCACCAGCGGACUGGAGGGUGUUUUGUGCUGGCCACCGCCUUAUUUGUCUGAAGGGGCAGGCCCUCUAAGUGUAAUGAAAUGAAUAUAUACUAUACACAUAUAUAUGUAUAUAAAAUGUAUGCACAUGUUUAUGUAU